ACGCAUGCGUAGAUCUCUGUCGCGAGGACUAACAACAUGGACGACAAGCUGUUGGAGAAAACGAGUUAAUGAAUUUAAAGUUUCUGAAAUAUGUUUUCCCGAGCACACUUGCUGAUCGUAAGGGAAUAUGAAAGAUUACAGAGUAUCAAGCCUUGGGGUAUUGAAGCUCAUCCACUAAAAGAUGACAAUGUGUUUGAAUGGGUUGCAAAGAUCCAAGGACUGAAAGAUAGCUUAUGGGAAGGAGGAAUCUUUCACUUAUAUAUAAAAUUUGAUGAACACUACAGCUAUCGUCCUCCAGAAAUAUGUUUUCACACGGUUCCAUUUCAUCCGAAUGUUGACAUGGUAACAGGUCGACCGUGUAUUGAUUUCUUGGAUGACUGUGACAAAUGGAAUGAGUCAAACAGAAUAUAUAUGAUACUGGUCACAAUUCAGAAUUUGUUAAGUAAUCCAUCUGCGAAUAAUCCGGUAAACGUGGAGGCAGCGGAGUUGAUGUGUCGUAUACCCGAUGUUUACAAGCAGGUCGUCCAGGAGUGUAUUGCUGCAAGUCAAAGAGUUGAAGCUGGGCUUGCUCCUCAUUCCAUUACGAAGGCAAAGGUCAUGUUUUCUCCUGAGAUUAAGAAAAAAACACAACUGGAGCCCGACUCCCAGCCAGAGCGGCCUCGCAUUACCAAGAUAACAUUUGAUGACUACUUCACAACGUGGUAUGGAAUAGCCACGUCCAAACCACAGAAUGAUUCCAAAAACCCAUUGUUGGAGAAAAUCAAGUAUGAUUCAAGUCUCCAGAGGAUUCACAAUGGUUUAUCCCACCAGGACAUUGAAGACCAGAUUCGCAGACAAGUACAAGAAAAUUCAGAAUUAGUAUAUGGGCUGGUAACCAGCAAACCUUCCCGAAAAGAUGACAAGGUUGCUAAGAUGGACAGACUGCAGAAAAUGAGGAAAAUAUACCUGCCCCCUAGAGUUUCAUCAGCCUCAGUGUCCCAAGAUAUUGAGCUGGAAGGAGCACUACCUGCCAUUAAUGCGGGCAAGGACGAAAUCUGGGAGAAGGAAGUUGAUGACCUUGUGGCAUGGACAAACAACCUUGACGUGAAUGCAAUAGACACUUGAUUGUAUGAACAGUGCACUUUUAAUGAAGUUAAUUCAUUGUUUCUGUGAUGUCAGUAUUAUAUUUAUGGUAUCCGAUAUCCAUGCUUUUAGUUAAUAUCGUUUAUGGAAUUGGAAAAUGAACAUGAAAGACUGAAAGUGAUAUAUUAGAAACAGCUUUUCACAUUUGUUGUAAAAUAUGUCUUUUGGCAUCCGAUAUGAUACCAAGUGUAAAGAAAUCUUCCUGGGGUUUUUUCAGUCCGAUGGCCUAAAUGUUAUCAUAAAGACGUCUGUACAGUUGAUAAUCUAUUAGUUGAUAUUAAGAAUGCAAUUUCAUUGGAUAAUUCCAUCGCUCAGUAUUCUUUUCAUUACGACACAAUACAUGUAUAUUGCCUGAUAUAUACCCGACAUAUCUAGUAUUAACACUUGACACAGUUUUGACACUUAAGCAUUGUAUAUAAACUGUACAUAACAAUGAAAAAUAAACUUAUUUUUUUUAAAGACAGGUUUAUUUUCAUGACUGCAUAUUAAAUGUUUAUAUUU